CAAAUAUUUUUUUUUACUCUUCAGUAAUUUCUUGGACGACUACUUUCUAUUUUUCCUUGAGUAAAAAUAUGUUGAGGUAGUGCUGCUCUUACUUGGGUGUAAUUUUUGGUUACUCUAUCCGCCUCUAGUAAAAACCGACUCUUGAGUUUUUCCACCGAGGGAAUGCGGUUCUUCCGCAUCUUGCGCCGCGUCCCCACUGACAUCACGUCAACGUUGAUGUAACUCCAACCUGAGCGAGGUGGCGGCUAAAAAUAAACACCUGAUCCACUGAGCCGAGACGAGCGGCGCUCCCAGAAUCCCUCAGGAAACUCUCAGUGUUCCCUUCUGGACGUCAUCAGCGUCCCAGUUGCCUAGCAUCUUCAAACAUCACUCACCAAGUUAACGCCUUAAAAAAAACAUUAAAUAAUAAAAAAAUGACCCACAGCUUUCAGAGAAUCUGAUUUCUAGGAAGAUGUAAUCACUUCUAGUUAAAAGUUUGAAGAAGUCUGAGAGGAAAAUGGUUUAUUUUCUAAAUUUAACUGAGGGACUGGGAUACAGUCGGUACAAUAAUGUUUUUGGGUCGAUCUCAUGUCCUGCUACUCUUCUCCAUCCAUUCAUGACAGUCGAUAUGUCCCAACUGAACUUCCCUGAGGGCAGGAUGAGGAGGAGGGCCAGAGAGAGAAACUGGUCCAGCGUGAUGGAAACAGUUUGAGGGAGGAGCAGAGCGAGUCUAUGAAAAGAGGAGGAGGGAGGGAAAAACUCAGCUGCAUCCAUCACUGCAUCCCUCCACACAGGCUGGCAUCUUCCCUCUCCUGAACCUGGGAAUACGAUCAAAGGCGGACAUGGACGCGGAUAAAUCUUCCUCUGAGAAGUUGGUGCUCGAGUUUAAGGAAGACACCGAUCUGACAGAGAUGAUGCGUCGUCGCGUCUCAUCUCUGCAGAAAACCGGGCAGAAGCGUCAGGACGGCGAGCGGCUGCUGCUCCCCCACGAAGCCGUGCAUCGCCUCGACUUCCCCGUCCAGGAGCUCAACUUCUCCCGCUGGUACUUCUCCCUCUCGGGCCACGGCCGAGUCACCAUCACCGGCAUCUCCCAGCACUGGACCCCGGACCUCACCAACCUGAUGACCCGUCAGCUCCUGGAACCGAUCGGGACGUUCUGGAGAAACGCCGAGGACCCGGAGGACUCGCCGCUGAAGUGUCUGGAGGCCGACAUGCAGGAGUUCGGGGAAAGGAUCGCGGAGCUGGCGAAAGUGAGGAAGGUCAUGUAUUUCCUGUUCGCGUACAAGGACGGGUCCACAGCAGGAAACCUCGACUGCACCAUUGAGUUCAUACCCGAGAAGUAACCCUCCGCGUUCAGUCUUGGUAGAGAAUGUGUUUAGAUUUCAGUAUAACUUUCCCCCCUCAAACCCACUAAACGUUUUUAAAUCUUUGUCUGCAUGUCUUUAACUACCGCUACCGAUUUAUUUUAAUUAUUCCCACACUUAAAGUAUUUUGCAUGAAUCAAUUUGAUGUAAAACUUCGCUCACGACAAACUCUACCUUUCUAAUUGCCGCCAUGUUUUUUUAAUCACGUUACAAUGCUACGCCAUGCAGCUCGUCUGAAUGAGCGCUAUUAAGGCAAUACGUUACGGAGUUUGUUGAGUGUUUAUAUUUUUAAACAGAACCUUUUAAAAGUGCAUUUUCCAUCCCACAUCGGCCUCUGUUUGGACCGUCUCUCUUAAGAAUGACCAGCGGCGCCCUCUGCUGGAUGGCGGUCGAACUACAACACUAAAAGAAGGCCUAAGCGGACGUUAUUAGUUAAAAACAAAAACAUUUUUUUCUAAGAAACUGGUCCUGUUGCAUGCUUUUACACCGCCUCCACUUACAACUGAGAAUAAAAUAAACAAUGAGCUUAAAA